ACUACAUGCUUGCUGCUUAGGCAUGCUGCUGCAAUACUCGCGGCUGUGCCACGCGACUGCUUGCCGCUUUGGCUCCUCGCGCCCGGUUCCGCUCCCGCAACGCCCGACACGCGGCAGCGGGUCCAGCUGCCUGACGUGGAAUAACCUUUUGUAUCAAGCGCAAGCAGAAUGCAGCAGCCGUGGCGGGGCAUGGCACACAAGGCGACCGGCGGCGACGACCAGCCGGCUGCUGCUACCAGCGACUUCCAUGACGGCGAGGCCGCCGCAGCCGUCGCAGCCGCCGCAGCUGCUGCCGACGACGACGACGACGACGACGACCUCACGCCCGUUGACCGGGAGGCGCUGCUGGCGCGGCUGACGCAGCCUCGCGCGCCCGAUGAGAAUUUCCUUCUGCACCUGAUUUGGGAGCCGUGGGCGCGGCAAACGCGGUACUUUCACGACCGCUUAGCCUUCAUCACCCGCCCCGACUUCAGCCAAGAGGACGACAUGCAGUACGUCCUGGGCCUGGCGAUCCGCAGCAGCAUGGCGGUGCCCUCCGUGUCGUGGGCCAUACCAUCCGCUGAGGCGCUGGAGGUGAUUGCGCAGCAGUCGGGGGGCCGGGUGGUGGAGGUGGGCGCCGGCACGGGGUACUGGGCGUGGCUGCUGGCGCGGCGCGGCGUGGACGUGGUGGCGGUGGACAACGACUCCGAGUACCGCUUCAAAACGCCGCCGGCGGAGGGCAAGGAGCGGCAGGCGGAGGACAAGGAGCUGCCGGCGGAGGACAAGGAGCUGCCGGCGGAGGGCAAGGAGCCGCCGGCGGAGGGCAAGGAGCCGCCGGCGGAGGGCAAGGAGCCGCCGGUGGAGGGCAAGGAGCCGCCGGCGGAGGACAAGGAGCGGCCGGCGGAGGACAAGGAGCGGCCGGCGGAGGGCAAGGAGCCGCCGGCGGAGGGCAAGGAGCCGCCGGCGGAGGACAAGGAGCCGCCGGCAGAGGGCAAGGAGCCGCCGGUGGAGGGCAAGGAGCCGCCGGUGGAGGGCAAGGAGCCGCCGGCGGAGGGCAAGGAGCCGCCGGCGGAGGGCAAGGAGCCGCCGGUGGAGGGCAAGGAGCCGCCGGCGGAGGGCAAGGAGCCGCCGGCGGAGGACAAGGAGCUGCUGGCGGAGGGCAAGGAGCCGCCGGCGAAGAAGGAAGGGGUGCACCGGUUCUUCAGGAGCAUGCAUGUGUGCGACGGCCCCGAGUUCCUGGUGCGCCACGGCGGCUGCCCUGACCGCGCGCUGCUGCUGUGCUGGGCGCGGCACGACAUGGGCGAGGCCAGCCUGGCCGCCUACCGCGGUGACACGGUGGUGGCUGUGGGCGAGGUGGACGAGGGCGCCACAUGGGAGCUGAAGACGUGGAAGCACCCCGAGUGGCGGCAGGUGCGCCGCGUGCCGCUGCCUAACUGGUUGGGCAUCCGAGACGACCUGCGUGUGUACCGGCGUGUGGCGGGGCAGAAGGAGGAGGAGGGGGGCGAGUGAGCUGGAGGUGGGGCGGGCGUGCUCACGUGUCGCGCUUCCUCUGGCAGGGGGAAGAGUGGAGGGGUGGGGCGGAUCAGAGGAUGUUGAGAGUCGUGGACGGUUUGGCCAGGAGGCACAGGGUUGAUUAGGUUUGCAUGAUGACACGCGGGAGUAGUAUGGUGGCCGAUGAAGGGGCCAGCGGCAGGGGCAGCAUCAGCACCUGGGCCAUCCAGCAGCCAUGCAUGCGACGUGUUGCGGGUCAGUGAAUCACUGUGGAAUACAGGUUCAGAACGUGAUGCGUGGGCGGCAGGACCUGCGGGGGCGCAUGCAUGCAUGCAGCGGCCUGCUCCGCUGGUCAUACGUCGUACGGCACACAUAUGGGCACAGGGCGGUAGUGACGUUGGCGUGGUGCGGUGCGGUGCCCGCAGAGGUGCACCAUGACACAAACCACCGUACGUAACUGGCAUUAUUGCACUACUGCGCGACUCGCGGGUCAUUCAUCCUGGCUGACGGCAGGUGGGGGCGCAGCGAGGCAGCUAGCGGGCAGCGGGCCGACUCAUCGGGCCAGGCCAGCCAAGCGGCCGCAGCGUGCAGCCAGGUGCAGCUGGCGCGAGCACCCCUGGGCCGGCAGGUGGAUGGAUGGCCGCAGUACCUUGUGAGGCUGUGACGGCUGCGGUGCGCCGCUACUGUAGUAAGU